GUUGCUCACUAGUCACGGCCGUGAAAAAAACCCAAAGCUCAAUUUCUGAUGCUUUAACCCUAAUUUCCGAGUCUCUCUAAACCCUUGUAUAAAAUAGUAAAGUUCACAGCUUUAUCAAAUCAAGAACUCAACAACCAUGAUGAUAAAGAAGCUAUCUCAAUCCCGGGCCAUUUCAAUUCUCAAUAGGGUUUUCAAAACAGAGCCUUCAAGAACCCUAACUACUAAGACUAUCGAAACGACGUCGUCACGUGCGACUAGUUUAUUCAGCAGAAUCACGAAAGCCCAUGACCCAAAAGUUUCAAUGAUCCCAGUUUUAGACCAAUGGGUCGAAGAACAAAGGAGCAUUUCCGCGGAAGAGCUUCGAAGAAUCAUCAGGCAGUUGAGGAAAUUCAGGCGUAGUAGACAUGCUCUUCAGAUAUCUCAAUGGAUGAGUGGCAAAAGUUUUCUUGAUCUAUCAUCGGCAGAUGUUGCAAUACAACUGCAUCUAAUAUCAAAGGUUCAUGGUGUUAAACAAGCAGAGGAUUUUUAUAUUAGUCUGCCAAUCUCUUCAAAAGACUUCCGGACUUGUGGAGCUCUACUGGUUUGCUAUGCUGAUGCAAAAUUAUUGGAUAAAGCCGAAGCUGUUAUGCAGUCAAUGAGAGGGUUGAAUUAUAUGAAAACAACACUGUCGUACAAUGUGAUGUUAAAAUUAUAUUCACAUUUCAAGAAGCUGGACAAGCUCGAUUCUCUAAUGCAAGAGAUGGAAGACAUUGAUAUUAAGUUCAACAAAUUCACAUAUAAUACUUUAUUAAAUGCAUAUGCAGAUGUGUUGGAUAUAGACCAAUUGGAGAAGCUUUUAACAAAGAUGGAAGCUGAUCCGUUAGUCACUAUGGACUGGAAUGCAUAUGUUGUGGCAACUAAAGGUUACUUACGGUCUGGUAACAAGGUAAAGGCUCUAGAAUCGUUAAAAAAAUCAGAGCAACUUGUCAAAGUCAGCUCAAGGAAAAAUGCUUAUGAGAUUUAUAUGACCAUGUAUGCUCGCAUGGGCAAUAAAGAAGAUGUGCAACGCAUUUGGAAGAUGUACAAGAGUCAUUGUAGAUUUUACAAUUUGGGCUAUCUUUGCAUGAUGAGCUCUCUAGCAAAGAUGGAUGAUCUAGAUGGUGCACAAAAAGUAUAUGAUGAAUGGGAAGUGAAAAACACUACUUUUGAUAAUAAACUUCCGAAUUUUCUCAUUUCUGCUUACUGCAAGAAGGGUCUAAUGGAAAAGGCUGAAUCACUUUGCCAGAGGCUCUUAAAAAAUGGGAACGAACCAAACACGGGCACAUGGACACGUGUGGCAUUUGGUUAUCAAAAACAGAAGCAAAUGGAAAAAGCAGUAGAAGCACUGAAUAAAUCGAUCUUGGCUUCUGAACCUGGGUCGAAACUAUACUUUCCUGUACUAGAUACAUGUCUGAUAUACUUAAAAGAAAGGGGGGAUCUGGAUAGGAUAGAGCAUAUCAAAAGAUUGCUUGCAGAACGAGGUCAUGACUAUGCACAUGUCUUUGAGAGAUUAGCUACAUAUUCUAAAGAGGAAACAAACGCAAAUCUCAAAACAUUUGAUCCAAAUGAAGGUGAUGAAUACACUUUGGAGGAAGACUUACUUGAAGUAGGAGAAGAAAGCCGGGAUUAGGUUAACAUAUAUGAUCACUGUUAUUUGUGAUGGGGAGCUAAUUUCUUCCCCGGUAUGUGUUCUCCUCAUGAGCAUUUAAUAUGUUCAACAUACCUUUUCUUUCUCCAGUUUUCUUGUUUCAUUAGAACUGUAGUGUCCAACACAAUGUCAACACAAAUGUGUUACUGUUGGCAGAAAGAACAAUCGACUUCCUUGCAACUUUCUUGUUCUUUA